GGUGGCACGCGCUGAUGACGUGCCGAGACGUCUUAGGUUUUUUGCGUUUCGGUGGAAAGUGUGUUAUCUUGACUUGACUGGAGCGCUGGUAAUAUUAUUUAUAAAUUCUGAAAACAGCGUCACGACCGGCUGGGAAGGACUCGAAACUUCAUACGGUUUAGCGAGGAAAUAAAAAAAAAAGUAGUCUUUCUGUGGCGACUCGAUCCCGAAAAGGAAAGGCGGAGGGGACUGGAACCCCCAGUGUAGAAACGUGGUUGGAUUUGGACACGCGCUGAAGGUGGGCUCUCCACGCGUCGUGGGUGUGGAUCAACAUGAUCACAAAAGGAUCCGUUGUAGGUAGAGUUUUCAGAAGGACAGACACACUCCACACUGAUGUUUGUCAGCCUCCAGCCCUGUUGAACUGCCCUCUUUUUUAACUUGUGAAGGGAAGCCUUGAGGUGAAACGUGGAAAACUCAGUUUUCUGGAGCGAAGGAGCAGCUCAAGUGAAUCACUUUUUCCAUGAACACCCUGCUGCACAGGGAAUGUCCCACGUUGGAGAGGAAGGGGGGUCGCUAAUACUGGGACUUCUCCAGAGGUUUUGGUGAACAUUUUCAGGUUUCUCAGGCUUUUCUCAAGGAGAGUAUGACCCACACAGACCUUUGAAGAGCUGCAGGUCUCGCUGGGAUUUUACAAAAUGAGAGAUUUGCAAACAUUCUGAGCGCCUGACACAUGAAGAGUAACUUCACAGUAGAUUGAGAUGAUUCCUCCUUAAGGAAUGGAGUGAUUUCUCUCAAUCCAACAUUUAUCCCCCUUUGGAACAUGAACAUUGGUCCCCAGCUGGACGGGUUUAGUUUGACUCUGGAAAAGUGAGUUUUUCAGGGACUCUCAUGGACCUCCAAGUGGUCUGUGGGCUCUUCUACUGCUUUUUUCUGCCCAUCUCUCUUUUAGCAGCCUGCCUGUUUCGUCACAAUGCUUUGUCCCUAGUCUACCUUCUGUAUCUUCUGCUACUGCCAUGGUUCCUGUGGCCCAGCAAGCACACACUGCAUGGCCACACAGGCCGUUUCACCAAAGCCUUGCUUGGCACCAGCAUAGUCUUCCUGCUAGCUCACCUGACCUUCCAAAUCUGCCUGCACACCAUCCCAGCAUUGGACGAGACGCUGGGACACAACUGCAGCUCAUGGGAGACAUUAUCAUGGCAUGUUGGAGUAUCCAGGUUACCCCUGGAGCAGCCCUGGACAGUGGUACGGCUUUUGGCCCCUGAUCUGGGCAUCUUCAUUGUGUCCCUGGUCACUGUGCUGAUAGGCAAAAGGUUGCUGAAGAGGAGGAACAUUAGGCCUGGAGGUACAGAGGUCUUACAGCAGAGGGAUGAAGGUACAGAAGAUGAUGAGGGGGAUGAGGCAGAUGAGGAAGGAGAUGAAUGCCAGCCAUCUUCCAGUGAGCCAGAGGAGGAGGCAUCUCCUGCAACACGCACGGCUCUCCUGGCGGCCCGUUUCCGUGCCACAGCUCAGAGGUUCCUUCGAGACCUGGGCAGGAUCCUCAUUGUUACAUUCCUGGCACUGGCUGGAAUCACCCUUCCUUCGGCCUUCUCUGCAUUCUACUACCUGCUGUUCAUUGGCAUCUGCACCUGGUGGGCCUGCCACUUCCCUAUGAACCGCCUGGGUUUCAGUGCCUUGUGUGUCAUGGUUGGCUUUUUCACAGCAGGUCACCUGGUCUGCCUGUACCUGUAUCAGAGCUCUUAUGCCCAGGGCCUCAUCCCCCCAGCCAGCCUGUGGGCCAGACUCUUUGGCCUAAAAGUUAUCCUUAUGCCAAGUAAUUGCUCCUCCACCUCCUAUGACCUCAUUGUGAACACAGAACAUAACUGGCCUGUGUAUGCCAACCCUGGGAUCUUGCUACUUCUGUACAUCACUAUGGCAACAGUGCUUAAAAUGGGAAGUCUUUUGUCUUCUGAAGAGCAGGAAGAGACAAUGCAGACAAGCAGUGUGAGGAUGGAGGGUGGAGGGGAGCAAGUGGAGCUCAGAUCAUGGGGAUCAAGAAAGGCAAGUGAAGAUGACACUAAGGAAAUGCUGCUAACUGCUAGUGAGCCACCAGGUUGUGAGUCUGAGAGUGCCAGAGGUCAAGUAAUUAACGGUUCUAGUCACCAGGAUCUAGGCCUUGGUGGUACCCCCAGUGGGCUUGACAGAGACAACCCCCUUCACAUAGUCGGUCGAAUGAUUAUGCAGCAGAGCUAUGUGUGUGCUCUCAUUGCAAUGAUGGUUUGGAGUAUCACCUACCACAGCUGGCUAACCUUUGUGCUGCUGCUGUGGGCAUGCUUAAUCUGGAUGGUGCGGGCUCGCCGCCACUUUGCCACACUCUGCUCGCCCUUCAUUCUGCUCUAUGGCCUGUCACUCUGCAGCCUACAGUAUGUCUGGGCCAUGGACCUGGAGCAAGAGUUGCCCCAGAACCUGGGCACAAUGAGCCUGAGGCAGCUGGGCCUGGACCGAGCCCCUUACCCAUGCCUGCGCCUAGGGGCUAUGCUGCUCUACACUUUGACCUUCUGGUUGCUGCUGCGACAGUCGGUUAAGGACAGUUUUAGCAGGAAGAAAAUUUUGGCAACACCACUGCAGGAAGUAACUACAGGAGAGAGAGCUGGGCGGAAUGAAUCCGUUCUGAAGGUGCUGGGUGAGGUGGUCAUGAGCUGCUAUGCCAAGUACUGGAUCUAUGUGUGUGGUGGCAUGUUCAUCACGGUCAGCUUCGCUGGCAAGCUGGUCGGCUACAAGAUUGUCUACAUGCUCCUCUUCCUGCUCUGUCUUUGCCUCUACCAGGUAUACUACUCUCUGUGGCGGAGACUGCUCAAGGUUUUCUGGUGGCUAGUGGUGGCUUACACCAUGUUGGUCCUCAUUGCCAUCUAUACUUUCCAAUUUGAGGAUUUCCCCAACUACUGGAAGAAUUUUACCGGUUUUACAAAAGAACAGUUAGCAGUCAUUGGCCUGGAAACAUUCCAGCUCUCAGAGCUGUUCACAAGCAUAGUCAUCCCAGGGUUCUUCCUGCUGGCCUGCAUUCUCCAGCUGCACUACUUUCACCGGCCCUUUAUGAAGAUCACUGAUCUGGAGCAUGUCACACCAAUCCACAGAAAGAAAGCUGGCCAGAGAGCAGAAGUCCCACAGGCUGCAGAAAGAACAGUAUACGAAGGAGAAAAUCAGCAGACGGAACUUUUGGGUAAUGAAUCAGAAGAUGAAGAAAUUAUGCCCAGCAAGUGGGGCUUGGUCAUGGACCGGCUGGUGGUGCUCUUCAGGAAAUUCUCUGACAACCUGACCCGUGUGCAAGUGUUCAUCUGGAGGGUCCUGGAACUGCAUAUCCUCAAAAUUGUUGCCUUCUUUGUCAUCUGUGUGGCACUUCUGGAGCCUUCAGUGAUGAACCUGGUUCUAGUGGUGUUGUGGACAUUUGCUAUGCCAUACUCCCGCUUCCGUCACAUGGCCUCCUGUCUAUCCACCAUCUGGGUCUGCAUCAUCAUCGUCUGCAAAAUGCUUUACCAGCUUAGUGUGGUCACCCCUUAUGAAUACUCCAGCAACUGCACCAUGCCUUUUGACAACGAGACCAACAUGGAAAUCGAAGAGCUGCAGAACUCCACCCUCUACAAGGCCCCCGUGGACCCAGCCAACUGGUUCGGGUUCAGGAAGGAUGCAACAGCCUUGGGGUACAGCAAGAACCAUCUCCUGGUGUUGAUGCUGCUGGUGUUUGAAGCCACAGUGUAUCGCCACCAGACACAUCAUUAUCGGCAGCACCAGUGCUCCCCACCUUCUAUCCCUAUUCUCUUCCCCAAUGCCAAUCGGGAUGACCUUGACCAGGACCUGUUGACCUGCUUCAAGUACCUGCUGAACUACAGCUUUUACAAGUUUGGCCUGGAGAUUUGCUUCCUGGUGACAGUGAAUGUGAUUGGCCAGCGGAUGAACUUCCUGGUCAUAAUUCACGGCUGCUGGCUGGUGGUAAUACUGACCCGACGGCAGCGGGCAGCUAUUGCAAGGAUCUGGCCCAAAUAUUGUCUCUUUCUGGUGUUUUUCACAAUCUACCAGUACAUCUUGUGUGUGGGAAUCCCUCCAGCUUUGUGUAUAGACUACCCCUGGAGGUGGAAAUCCUCCAUCACCAUCAACUCUGCCCUGAUCAAGUGGAUCUACCUGCCAGACUUCUACACCAUCCCAAACUCCAGGAACCUCAUUGCUGACUUCCUCCUGCUGAUCUGUGCCUCGCAACAGUGGAAGGUAUUCGAGGAGGAAAAGAAGGAGGAGUGGAUGGUGCUGGGUGGGGACAAUACGGAUAAAUACGACCCUAUGAAGGACAGGCCUGUGAACCCUGUGCCUAACUUCAUAAAUUGCAGGUGUUACCUAGACAUGGUCAAGGUGCUGGUUUUCCGCCACAUGUUGUGGUUUGUGUUAGCAGUGGUUUUUGUCACCGGGGCCACACGAAUCAGUGUCUUUGGCCUGGGCUACCUGCUGGCAUGCUUCUACUUCCUGCUGUUUGGGACCGAGUUGCUAAUCAAGCCUCCCCGGACCCGGCUAGUGCUAUGGGACUGCCUGAUUAUGUACAACGUGGCUGUCAUCUUGGCCAAGAACGUGCUGUCAAUCUUGGCAUGUGUGUUUGUGGAGUACCUGCAGACCAACUUCUGCUGGGUGAUACAGCUCUUCAGCCUAGCAUGUACUGUCAAAGGCUACUAUAACCCCAAGGUGGUAAGUGACCAAGAUUGUGUACUACCUGUGGAGGAGGCUGGGAUCAUCUGGGACAGCAUCUGCUUCUUCUUCCUCCUGCUUCAGAGAAGAGUAUUCCUCAGUUUCUACUUCCUACACGUGACGGCAGAUCUGCAGGCCUCUGCACGACAGGCCUCCCGGGGCUUUGAGCUGUUUAGGGCCAGCAUCAUAAAGAACAUGAGAUUCCAUGAGCAAGCUGAACAGAGGUCUCUCCGACAGCUCAAGAGAUCAAUGGAGCGAAUCCGGGCCAAACAGCAGAAAUACAAGGAGGGACGUCAUUCUUCAAAGACCACAGUGGGGGAGGAAUUGGACCCAGGGGAGGAGAGUAAGUCCCCGAAACAGAAAAAAAGGUGGUGGCGUCCAUGGCUCGACCAUGCGACAGUGUUGCAUUCUGGGGAGUAUUACCUUUUUGAGUCAGACAGUGAGGAAGAGGAAGAGACAUUGCCGGUAGAGGACCUGAAGCCCUCUCGGCAGAGUGCCUUUCAGCUGGCGUACCAGGCCUGGGUGACUAACGCCAAGGCAGCACUGCAAGAACGCCAGCAACACCUCAGAGAGCUGCAGCAAUACGAGGCAGAGGAGAACCGCCAGAGCUUGGACAUGGAAGGUGAGGUCACUCCUGAGGGGCAGAAUGCACAGGAAGAGGAGGAGCCAGAGGAGGGAGACACAGGGAGGAGUGACAUCAUGCAAAGGAUCCUGGACAUCCUGAGGUUCUUGUGGGUGCUCCUCCUGGCCAUGGUGGAUGGGUUGACACAGUGGCUCAAUGUCCUCACCAAGCAGUACGUGGACACUUCAACUGUGCUCUGCAACCAGCGCUUCUUCAUCAUCCACAACAUCAGCCAGACACCUUCUAGGGAACCCCAAGAAGACCAGGUAUCCCAGGGCAGUGAGAGCCCCACAGUUGAGACCUGUCUGGAUGAGCUGGAUACUGACAAUAUAAACAGUAACAGUGCAACCAGUGGCCUAGGGGUGGAAGAACUUUCCGGCAUGGGGUGUACCACACUUCAAACUGCUGCCCACAGUAGCACCACCCUAUGCUCAGAGGCAGUCCCGGAACGGGAACGGGAGCCAGAGCUUGAGGAACACAGCAGUCCAUGUUUUCGCCGGUGUAGAACUGCCAGCGAGCUGCUUGCUGACAGCCAUUUCUUUGUGGAGGAGCUGGUCCAAAGCCAGGAGUUCUAUGCUUCUCAGAACCGGGCCCUGAAGCUGCUCUUUGCCCUCUACAACCUGCUGGCAGCCAACUCUGAACUAGUCUGCUACUUUAUCAUUGUGUUGAACAAUGUGGUAACUGCAUCAGUCAUCUCUUUGGUCCUACCAAUCCUCGUCUUCUUGUGGGCCAUGCUCGCCGUGCCCCGGCCCACCAAGAAGUUCUGGAUGACUGCUAUUGUUUACACAGAGGUCAUGGUGGUAGUCAAAUACCUGUUCCAGUUUGGAUUCUUCCCAUGGAAUAGUGUUUAUGAAACCAAGCUGAAUGAAGAUAAACCCUUCUUCCCACCACGCAUCCUGGGCCUGGAGAAGACAGACAACUAUAUCCGCUAUGACCUGCUGCAGUUGCUCGCCCUUUUCUUCCAUCGCUCCCUGCUCCAGCGGUACGGGCUUUGGGACCGCGAUGGUCCACUGGAGGAGGAGAAGCAGAAACCCAUGGAAGGUACCAGGGAGGCAGAAGUUCAUGCCAGCCCCAGGCCAAGCAUCACUGAUCUGGAUGACAGGAUAACGUGCGAGGACAUGCAGAAGGAAUCUGAUGCGAGUUGGGACCAGGGCCCAUCUACCACAGCCGAGGGCAAAUCAGAGGAAAAGAAAAGUAGCCUGCUGCGCUUCCGUAAGAGGAAGCAGAAAAGCAAAGAUGCAAAGGAUCAUAAAGAUUCCAAAGAGGCAAAGAAAAGGCUGAGAGCUGAACGCAAAGAGGCAGCCAGCAAAAAGCUGAAGGCAGCAAGAGAGAAAUUUAAUCGCCUUUUUGUGGGCUUUGUGCGCAAUGUCUACAAACCAGUAUAUGGAUUCUUCUAUGAUAUUCUGCACUCAGACUACCGUGCAGCCACAGAUGUUUAUGCGCUGAUGUUCCUCACCGAUGUGGUUGACUUCAUUGUGAUUGUGUUUGGGUUCUGGGCCUUUGGAAAACACUCAGCGGCAGCAGAUAUUGCCUCCACCUUGUCGGAUGACCAGGUGCCUGAAGCAUUCCUUGUCAUGCUGCUCAUCCAAUUCAGCACCAUGAUCAUCGACCGUGCACUGUACCUGCGAAAGACUGUCCUGGGAAAGCUCAUCUUCCAGAUCAUCCUUGUUUUUGGCAUUCAUAUCUGGAUGUUCUUCAUCCUGCCUGCUGUCACAGAGAGAAUGUUCAGUCAGAACCCCGUGGCCCAGCUCUGGUACUUUGUCAAGUGCAUCUACUUUGGUCUGUCCGCAUAUCAGAUCCGCUGUGGCUACCCAACACGCAUCCUGGGUAAUAUCCUCACCAAGAAGUAUAACCACCUCAACCUGUUCCUGUUCCAGGGGUUUCGGUUGGUACCAUUUUUGGUGGAACUGCGGGCAGUCAUGGACUGGGUGUGGACUGACACCACACUUUCUCUCUCCAACUGGAUGUGUGUGGAGGACAUCUAUGCCAAUAUCUUUAUUAUAAAGUGCAGCCGUGAGACAGAGAAGAAAUAUCCUCAGCCAAAGGGUCAGAAAAAGAAGAAGAUUGUGAAAUAUGGGAUGGGAGGACUCAUCAUCAUCUUUCUUAUUUGCAUCAUUUGGUUUCCACUGCUCUUCAUCUCGUUGGUCAGAUCUGUGGUGGGUGUAGUCAACCAUCCAGUGGAUGUUACAGUUACAGUCAAGCUGGGAGGUUAUGAACCCCUGUUCACCAUGAGUGCCCAGCAGCAGUCCAUCCAGCCUUUCAGCCAGAAGAACUACGAUGCCCUCACCACCAAGUUCAGCAAAAAUGCUGUGGCCAUGCAGUUCAUCACCUUGUACAGCUAUGAGGACAUUGUGAUGGCUAAUAUAGAGGGCAGUUCAGGGUCCGUCUGGAUGAUCAGCCCCCCCAGCAGACAGGAGCUCAUCAGGGAGCUGAGGGAAAGCAGUGCAGCCAUGACUCUGCGUCUGACCUGGAACUUCCAGAGGGAUUUAGGGAAGGGUGGCACAGUGGAGUACACAUACGACACACAUUCCAUCAAACUGGAGCCCGGAGACUUGGUCCGGGCAGAACUGGCCUCGCUGUUGGUGGGAAAUCGGUCUGACUCAGUGCAUGUGCUUCACUUUUUCCCCAACUACAUCCGAGCACCAAAUGGGCCAGAGGCCAAACCUGUCAGCCAGUUGUAUGAAGGUGAUGAGGAGGGGUACCAGACCGUGACAUUGGCACUCAGAAAUAACUCUUUGAAUGGCAACGGCAUGCUUGAGUGGUGGGACAUCGGCAUUGCUGACCCUUCUACACAGGACUGCAAUGUCCUUCCCAUGGUCAUCUUCAAUGACAAAGUCAGCCCCCCAAGCCUGGGUUUCCUGGCAGGAUACGGCAUCAUGGGGCUCUACGUGUCAGUGGUGCUCGUGAUUGGGAAGUUUGUGCGUGGCUUCUUCAGCGAGAUAUCACACUCCAUCAUGUUUGAGGAGUUGCCUUGCGUGGACCGCAUCCUCAAGCUCUGCACCGAUAUCUUCCUGGUGCGUGAGACGGGUGAGCUGGAGUUGGAAGAGGAGCUCUACUCAAAGCUCAUCUUCCUGUACCGCUCACCCGAGACCAUGAUCAAGUGGACGCGGGAGAAGGACUAGAGCUGCCCAGCCCCAGGCCAACCACGCUGUGUUCCAGCAGGGGCCCAGAUUUAGACCUUUUUCCCAGGGGUACAUUUCUGAGACACUCAUGGGACAGGUAACUGCUCCUAUCCGCACAAGCAUGUGCAAAGUCUUGGUUGCAGCUGCGGUUGCGACCCGUGCUGGACUACCUAUCAGUGAGUCAGAGGUGUGCUGACUGCUCUUCCUCUGGGUAUCACCAAAGGUACAGUAGAGCAGCUCCACCAUGGCUACACUAAAGAAUGUGAAGCCCAGUCCCUUGUGGAUUGUCCUCUUGCUGUUGCGCAACAGAUAGAAUUUCUUCUCCAUGCUGACAAGCUUGGAAUAGACAAGGCUUUCAGGAGCUUCCCUUUUGGGACCUCCUUUACAGUCAUUAUGGUAAAAAAAGAUCCUGACUCUCUCAGUGUUUUAAGGAAAAAAACUGUUAAGGCUUAAUGAAGUUUGAUGUAUGCAUAGAGAGAAAAACAUUUUGUUUAUAACUGGUUAUAAGGUCUUGGUGAACCUCAAGACCACAUACACUUGAAUUCAAGAUAUUUGUUCAAUUCCGAAUAUUUUGACUGUGGAAAAACCUAUUCACCGUUUUACAUAACAUUAAGACGAAGUGCGGUAGCUUCCUUCUCGUAUGCAGACUUGACUGUUUUUCAAACUAUGAUCUCGCCAAGCUGACCAAGUGUCCAGGAGGUCCUGUUAGAAGCUGCUGGAUGUCACACGAGAGGAUACAAGGUUGAUCUCUUGCUGGAAUAGAUUUGAAACAUAUUAGAGGCAUCACUUUUCAACACAGCAAUAGUAUUGCUGUUGUGUGGUCAAGUGUAUUGCUAAUUCAAGGCUUGUAUAUUAUUUUUAACAAAUUGUCAUAAUUACUGUUAUGCUGUUUCUUGAGAAAUGACAUGGGGGAGGUGUCUAUCUUCACAAAUUUUAAUGCUGUAAAUUACUGUAAUUUUCUUUUUGCAAAAGUAUUUGUAUUCUAAUUGUGUUGAGCUGAAAAUUGCAGCUUUCCUGAUUGCAAAUAAAUAAGGUU